AUGGGGGGGGGGCUGACGCAAGCCUUGCCCCUGGGGCAUCGGAACUGCCAGUCCUUAGCACCACACAAGCCCUCACUCAGAGAAGCUGCUGAUUCAUCUGGCACACUGGCCAUCUGGCAACACCUGGAAUUUGGCCCAUUCUAUACAAUCUUGGCCAAGUCACUUGUAGACAAUAACCGGGUUAAAGUGUUCCAGAUUCUCCCUGCAGACAGCUCAUUCACCACCAACCGGACCAACGUGUCCCAGGAACGCCCCUCCUGUGCUAUGGAGCCCGAGCUCGUCCAGCGGUUGCUGCUGUCCUCUCGGGAAGCAAAGAAGUCAGCCUACUGCCCCUACAGCCGCUUCCCUGUAGGAGCUGCCCUGCUCACUGGGGAUGGGAAGAUCUUCUCUGGGUGCAACAUAGAAAAUGCCUGCUACACACUGGGUGUGUGCGCUGAGCGGACAGCCAUCCAGAAGGCCAUCUCGGAAGGAUACAAGGAUUUCAGGGCUAUUGCUAUCUCCAGUGACUUGCAGGAAGAGUUCAUCUCUCCAUGCGGAGCCUGCCGACAAGUCAUGAGAGAGUUUGGCAGCGACUGGGCCGUGUACAUGACCAAGCCAGAUGGCACGUAUGUAAUCAGGACAGUCCAGGAGUUGCUGCCAGCCUCGUUUGGGCCUGAAGACCUGGAGAAGAUUCAUUAAAGGCUAGAGAAUAGAAUGCCUGCCUGUGUGGGUCUGGGUUCCCAACUAAGGGAAGAGUUCAUAGAGAUAACUGUCCCUGGCUGGGCCUGGAGUCACCUGCCACAUGGGUCCCAAAUGGCUAGGCAAGGGAGACCUUGCCACAGUCUCCCCAAGAAUGAUGAAAGCUGUCACUCAGUUUGGGCCAAAGCCUGCAUCCUCUUGGAGACUCCACCCCCUCCUGUCCCUCCUAUAGGCCCUGGCAUUCUAGGCCUGGCCUGCCUCCCUGCCAGCCUUCCUAGCUUCCUCCAAGUCCUGUUCCAUGUUAUUUUUCUGAUUGUAAACUCCACAGAACAUCCUGGCUGAAAAGAACAUGUUUUUGCUCUUA